AUGGCGUCUACUACCCGCACACUUCGUCUUGCGAACGAUUUCCAACCCACACGCCACCGGGCAGCAAGGCCGUACUUCGGCCGCGGUGGGCACAAGGUUUUCCAGCCCGCCAGUACAGCAGAUAUCUCGAGCUUUAUCAAACAGGCGAGAGGAUUUGCCGCCAGCGAGGGCCAUAAUCAUGACUACAGAUUCACAUCUGAGCCGUUGCCGGUACCAUUCGAAACGACACCCCUAGAAAUCUUUGCUCUUGCCCUCGCAGUCUUCGCUAUUGUCUGCGUUCUCGGCUGCAUGGCCAUGGUCGCUAUCAAAACGAAGCGCUCCCGGGAACAACAUGAGUCGUACAGCCUCUCAGAUUCAGACGACACGAUGAACGGCGCCUCCCAAGACAUACCCAAAGCGUUCAUUGACAGUGUCAAGCGGCUGAGGAACCCCGUGUCGGAAACGGAAAUGAACCGGCUGAAGGGCUUGGAACGAGACAAAACUUCUUUGGCCCCGAAACAUAUCUUCAGACCGUGGAGAGAAGCCGCUAUCGACCGCAAGGGUGGAAAUAGGGAGUUGGGUGAUGGUUCGUCGACAGGACUUCGGACCGAACAUGCCACGAGUGAGAGGGCCCCGUCAACUGGCAAUCAAAAGGAUUCGGCCUAUACAUUCAGCAAGGAUCCCGUCCGAGUUAGCCGCAGAGCUUCGCGACCAUUCUGCAAUAAUGAUGCGGAUGCAACCUCACAAAACCCGUACAGUCGGAUAUAG